UUUUUUAAUAGCCCAUGAAAUGGUAAUAACACUGAAAAUAAUUCACAUCUUCAAGUAUCCAAUAGAACUUGUGGCAGAGACACAUCUAAAUAAGUAUCCCAAUGACAAAGAGAAGAACGUGCUUGCUGUAGAAACAGUAGAAAAAACGCAAAAUAAAGAUGGAACUUUGUAUAUAAAGAGGAUAGCUUACUGCAAUAACAUUGUUCCAUUUGUGCUUCGGCAGCUUAGUGAUUUGAACAAGUCUGUAGUUCAUGUAGAAGAACAGUGCUGGUUGAAUUACUUACGACGUAGUUUACUCAUCCAAUCUCGCAACCUCACCUGGACAAAUUAUGCUCGUCUUUCUGAGGAGUCUUAUUUUCAACCUGUUAGAGAAAACCCUCAAUGGACCUACUUUGAACAGAGUGGAACAGUAGACAUUCAUGGAUUAGGUUACUUAGGUUGCAUAAUAGAGAACUUUGCUCGGAAAUUUCUCCAAAAAGGAAUUAAAAAAAGUCUUUGGAUAAUGGAAGAGUUGCUUGCUGAGAAGGCUUCAGAGUUUAGAUAUGCAAGUGCUGAGGAGUGAUGGAACAAGACAUCUACACAACUUCAGAAUUUUGAUCACUCCUAAGCUCAUAUAUCCGAAAAAAGUAAAGUACAAGUUGUGAUGUAUAACCUGAAAGUGCCUCAUUUUUUGGAGUAUUUUCAUCUGAAAACACCUUUACAUGUUUUCAGGAAGGGAAUUCUUUUUUAUCUUUAAUUUCACUAUUUCAUGGGUAAUCUGUGAUUUUUAUUUUGGUAUAAUGCUUCAAUAAUUUUUACCCUUCGGUUUUGUUCUGUAAGAAGUAAUCAUACAAAAUAGCCAUAACAAAUUAUCUUAACAGUUCUUAAAGAUGAAUUCAACACACUGUGCCUCCAACUUUGAAAAAAAGCCAUGUAAGCUUUAUUUUUUAUUGUGAGUAAUUUAUCAUGGUUUAGUACCUUGCUAUCAAAAGAAAGAUAUUUAAACAACAUUUAAGUCCAAUAAAAUAGAAUGUUAGCUGUUGUGAACUUUUUGUUUUGUACAAAGUAAUUAAUGUUUAUGUGCCUGCCCUUCUAAGAAAGAUAAUGAGAAACAAGAAGUGUAAUAGUUCAAAACACAUAUAAAUAAUUUCAUUUUAAACAGGUAUGAAGUUUGGUGUUUUAAAUAAUUAGCAAAAUUGAUUUAUACCAAAUUCAGAUUUCUAAAUUGAGUUUCCAGUAAUAUAAGUACCAAACUAAAAAAAAUAUGUUAAACUCCUUUAUGUUUGUAUGACAAAAUUACAGUUUCAUCUUAUCUAGAAAAUUAAAACAGCUGUAUAAAUAGUUGAUUUAAAAUAAUUUAAAAAUAUAAGAACAGUAUGUUGAAUGUUGAGAAAUUACUAAAAAUUGAUAUACUCUUAAAACUGAAGUGAAUAGUUAACUCAUUAGGUUUUUAAGACUGAUAUUUGUUUUUGGGCAAGGUAUUAUAUAAAAUUAAAAAGUUAAGUAAUUUCUUUAUAGGUUUUAAAAUAUUUUGUUCAUUCAGUCUCAGAACAGACUCCACCAAAUAAAUGUUUGUAUCACCUGGUUUCAUAUAAAAGAAGUAAAGUUAGUAGGGUACAAGCAUGUUGUUUAAUACCACUGUACAAACAUCUCAAGGUGUUUAUGAAAGGCAGUUUGUCAGAAUUUUUACAGUGAGUAGUUGCAAGUGCCAUGUAUUACUUAUGGGAAAGAGGCAAAAGCAUGAAUUAUUUUUAUAAUGUAGAUAAUAUAAAACAUGCUAUUCCUGUAUUUAAGACACAUUCAUCAAAAUCAUGUGCUUAAAUGUUACUUUUCUGUAUGUAAUGCUAUUUCCUAAUAAAAACAUGUUUGUGAAA